UCUUGAGUCACACUCUCCUCCCAGUGUCUCUGCCCAUCUCCAGAAACUCCGAUCUCUGGCAAUGUCGCUCCACCAGCGGCCGCACCAGAAGCCGCCGGGCGGCGACUCCCUCCCCAUCUCCACCGCCGCAGCCAACGCAGACCUUCCUUCCCGGCCAUUCCCCCUCCUCACGCUCCCCUACCUCUUCUCCCUUCUCGCGCUCCUCCUCCUCCUCGCCCUCCUCUUCCCCUGGGGGCCGCCCCGCCACGCCGCCCCGGCCUCCCCGUGGCGCUCCUACACGCUCCAGGACGCCGCAGCCUUCGCCGCGGCGGCCGGCAACGGCACCAUCAUCCUCGCCGCCGUCUCCGGGCCCUACCUCCCCUUCCUCUCCAACUGGCUCAUCAGCGUCCGCCGCGCCGGCCGCGCCGACCAAGUGCUCGUCAUCGCCGAGGACUACGAGACCCUCGAGCGCAUCAAUGCCGCCUGGCCAGGCCACGCCGUCCUCGUGCCGCCCGCGCCCGACGCCCAGGCCGCUCACAAGUUCGGAUCCCAGGGGUUCUUCAACUUCACCUCGCGGCGGCCGCGUCACCUGCUGCAGAUUCUUGAGCUGGGGUACGCCGUCAUGUACAACGACGUCGACAUGGUCUGGCUUGCCGACCCGUUUCCAUACAUCGUCGGCACUCAUGACGUGUACUUCAUGGACGAUAUGACUGAGGUGAAGCCCCUAGAUCAUUCACAUGCUCUGCCGCCGCCAGGUAAGAAGGGGCGGCCAUACAUUUGCAGCUGUAUGAUCUACCUGCAGCCAACAGAAGGGGCAAAGCUGUUGCUGAGGAAGUGGAUCGAGGAGCUCAAGGAGCAGCCCUGGUCCAAGAAAGUGAAAUCAAAUGAUCAGCCAGCAUUCAACUGGGCUUUGCUAAAGACUGUCGGCCAGGUGGAUGUGUACCUACUACCCCAAUCUGCUUUUCCAACUGGAGGUCUAUAUUUCAAGAAUAAAACAUGGGUCAAGGAGACGAAGGGCAAACAUGUCAUUAUACAUAACAACUACAUAACAGGGUUUGAGAAGAAGAUAAAACGCUUCCGCGAUCAUAAGCUCUGGCUGGUGGAUGAACACAGUGACGAGUCACCGCUUGGUAAACUAUGAACAAGCUGUAAUGGCUAAAGCACAUCUCUCCUUGCUACAGCGCCUCAAUUUUGUAGCCGGUAUUUGACUGGCAGGGGCUGCUGAACCAGAUGUUGGAUGAUUUUCUGUCAACCACAUGGAAUGCAGCAACUGAAUGCUAUAUCUAAAAUCUGAAGACUCGGUUUGUACAUCAAGAUCCCCUCGGGAUUUACCUUUACUGGUGUAGUUUGUCUUUAGAAACACACUUGUAACGAAAAUGGCUGGUUUGAGGAGAUUAGGCAGGAAGGAGGAGGUAAUGUAGCUACGCAUAUUGUGCACAUCCAUUGAUUCGUUCACUUUAUCUGUAUAGCAUAGUAGUUUUGUGAGGAUGUAUCAUUAUUAAUGGAAAGCAGUGUAUCAUUGUUUA